UCGACUUUUAUUUUGAAAUCUCGUACGUGCGGACAUGUUUCACACGAGCCGUCUUGCCGUUGACUUCACACAGCUCCUGAACCAAAGGGGCUAAUAUGUCGAUGGAGGAUCCUUUUUUCGUUGUUAAAGGGGAGGUGCAGAAGGCCCUGUCCAAAGCACAAGGGCUGUUUGAGCGCUGGGAGGAGCUGCUGCAGGAAGAGACCCCUGUCAGCCGGGAUGAGCUGGACUGGAGCACCAAUGAACUCCGAAAUUGCCUAAGGGCCAUCGACUGGGACCUAGAGGACCUACAUGAAACCAUCAGUAUUGUGGAGGCGAACCCUGGAAAGUUCCGUUUAGGAGAACAUGAACUCCAAGAAAGGCGAGAAUUUGUGGAGCGAACGCGGAAAUCUGUACAGCUGAUGAAGGAGCAGCUCGCUAGUCCCUCAGCCGUGGCUCAAGCAGAGAAGAAAAACAAACAGGCUCUGCUGGGGGCCACGGCAAAGGAUCGUUACGCCGGUCUGGAGCCUCACCUGGUGUCUGCAAACUCCAGAUACAUUCAGGAGCAACAGGAACAGCAGCAGCUGAUCAUGCAGGACCAGGAUGAGCAGUUGGAGUUAGUCACAGGCAGUAUCCGUGUCCUGAAGGACAUGUCCAGCAGGAUAGGAGACGAGCUGGAUGAACAGGCAGUAAUGCUUGGUGAGUUUAAUGAGGAGAUGGACCAGACCAGUUCCAGAAUGGACUCAGUGUUAAAGAAAAUGGAGAAGGUUUCACACAUGACCAGCAGUCGGAGACAGUGGUGUGCUAUCGGAGUUCUUGUAAUCAUACUGAUCGUGGUACUCAUUCUGUUAAUGGCUCUUUAAACCAGACUUUUCUUCAAUUUGGCUCUCCAUCAUGCCAAAAGCUUACAGAGGAAGACAGAAUUUCAUCAUGAUUCUUCCACCUCAGCUUCCGUUGUCUGUGAGAAAGAGUUUGCCGUUCUUUUUUAUAGUCUUUCCUCGUCUUUUUGCCUUCAUCUAACCCGUAUGUCUUCUGACGCACAGUGUUUAACCCUUUCACCGCUUUUGGAUUGGACUCAUUGUCUUUGGCAAGGUCUAUUCCAGAAUUUCACUGGUGCUGAGAAGGAAGUUAACAGUUAUUGUAUUUCUUAUGUUUUAUUGUGGUACAGAGUGUAAGUGAGGAUGAGGAAUUUGAUAUUGCCUUAUAUUUUUAUAUGUUUGAUUCUUAAAGCAGUACAGUCAUUGUGUACAUUAUAAAUGCGUGUGAAAGAGGUCGAUAGGAUGUUUGCUAAUGGUUCACCAAUUACAUAAUUUAGAUUAUGCUGUUUUAGAAAUCUGAAUCAACAAGCACAAUGAGUAACGCAGGCUUAUAGCGCCCUCUAGAUCCGCAACAGUCGCUACUACCUCUGAUGGUGUGCUUUGGAAAAUAUAAAUUAUGGCAAGAAAUUUAGGAUUAUUAAAUUAUUUUUUAAGUCAUACCUUGAGGUUAUCAUUGGUAUUUUACACAAUUUGCUCUGCCUUUAUGGAUAAAUCUGAUGCAUAAUUUGAGUGAGCUUAUGGAUAAUUGCUUGCAGAAGAGAUCAUGUCCACUUUUCAUGAAUCUUUGGGUUUUGAAUGUUUGGGUUUCCCAUAUUUUAAAAAUGAUUUUAUGCAUUGCUUUUGAGAUUACUGUACAUUGGACUGUAAAAUUUCAUAUUACUGUUGAUGUGUCUAGAACCAUGUGCAUUCACUGCAUGCCACAGUGAUAUACCCAUUACUACAAUAUAUCUAAUAUAUAUUUGUCAUUUUACUACUUUUUAAAAUAAAUUACUCUUUUUCAAUUGCAGAUACAUGUUCUGAAUAUCUGCUCUGGUAACUGACAUAAUCCCCCUAAAGAGCUGCUCAGACCCCCACACUAAUGAUGGUUAUUUGAUAUUCUAUUCCUGAUCUAAUAUUGUGCCCAUCUUGAAAAUUUUGUAUUCAAAUCCUCCGUGCCAAUGAGUUGUUUCUUAUGUGCCCUUUGAUCUGGACGUAAGGACACUACGUGCCUGUGGGUGAAUGUAUUAUAUUCAAUAUAAAUAUGUCCCUUUUUCAACUUCAGCUGAAUAAGGCACGUCAGUAUUGUGUUGUCAAAUAUAUUUUGUAAUAUGAUUAAAUAUAUAAGCCCUUAAAAAGCUGAAAUUCAUAUCCAAGCCUUAAAAAUGUCAAUACUCACUUCAAAUGGAACAAAGUACUAAACCUUAUUACCUCUUAUAUGCCAAUUUAGGGAAAUUUGGUACGCCUUUGAUUUUCUUUUAUUUGCAAAUGAUUGUCUUUCAGUGCUGCCUAUAUAUAAAUGAUUGCAUUUCAAAAGUCUAAUGCCCUUGUCACUUGUUUUUGUAAGCAUUUGUAUUAUAUAAAACUUUUGCCUUUAUUUUGACAUCUUGAUAAAUCUAAAUGGGUCCUGAUUAAAGUAUAUGCCUUUGA